GAUAGCUAAAUCUGUUCCUAAGUUGGGAACUUUAAAUUCUUCAAGAAAUGAAGUUGAGAAGUUUUAUAAUUUUUGGUAUAAAUUCAAAAGCUGGAGAGAAUUUUCUUACUUAGACGAAGAGGAUGUUUCAAAAGCUACAAAUCGAGAAGAAAAGCGUUGGCUAGAAAAGAAAAAUAAAAAUGAAAGAGCUCGAAGGAAGAAAGAAGAAAAUCAGCGCAUCUUAAAGUUGGUGGACACCGCCUUCAAGUUGGAUCCCCGCGUAAAGCUGUUUAAAGAAAUGGAAAGAAAAGAUAAGGAGGCAGCGCGGCAGACCAAGCUAAGGGCGGCUCGCGAGGGAAAGCUGAAGGCUGUUAGAGGAAUCCCCGACUGUAAGCCUUCAGGAGUGGGCGUUCCUAAGAAAGCGAUGGUGGAAAGGAGAGAAAACCAAAAGGCACUUGACACAGCUCGCAAAAAACAGCGGGAAAACUUUCUGAAUAAAGUCAAGUCGGUUAAGUUCUUUUGUGCCCCGGAAGUUGACUUUAAGCAGCAUAUCAAUAAUAUGCAACGAAUUACGAAGUUUGCAGAAACGGUCGCUGCAGAGAAACUUGAAGAACUGAUAAAAGACUUCAACGAAAUGGACAUUAUGCUUGCCGUUUCUGAAGCAGAAAACACCAAACAGAACUCGCCGGACGCUUCUGAACCUUCGCCGAGCGGCGAAUAUAAGAGGCGGUGCAGCUUAAUAAAGGCUGAGACCGCUGCGAACCGACACGGCGCAACGCACGUAUGGACUAGCAAAGAACUUGAAUUAUUAUUUAAAGCACUAAAAAAGUUCCCUUCCGGUUCGUUAAAUAGGUGGAAAAAUAUUCAAGACUUCAUUACUACUCGCUGCGAAGGAUCUACUUUGCAGGAGAAAGACAUCGAGCGGAGCAAAGCCUUCUAUCAGGAAGUAUUAUUGGAUUCAGAUCGGUCAGGAGCGAGAAAGGAGGCAGGGGAGGCCUGGACGUUGGAACAGCAGAGACAAUUGGAAGCGGCUCUCCUUAAGUAUAAGGGUGUCCCGGGGGAGGGGGGAAGUUCGAUAGGUUCGCCGCGGAGGUCAACGGAAAGAAUAAAGCCGAUAUUUAACUCGUUUCAAAAUGGUUGAGCAGUUUAAAUGAAGCUUAUAGAUAAAAACUCGGAAGCGAAAAGUUUAUAAAGUUUUACAGUUUUCGUUCUA